AUGAUCAAGUCAAGGAGCUAUUUGUUGGAGAGUCAUCUACGUGAUACCAGUCCUGUACGAAAGUAUUCAGAGUCAGAAAAUACAUCCAUGGAGCUUGAAUCCUUUAGCAUUGACGUGGACAAUACGCCCACCAGAGUCAACUAUCCGCCCUUGGAAGAGUACAGUCACUGUAUUAUUAGAAGGUCUAACUUCAAAAUCAUAAAUGAAGGAAUGAUACCCAGAGUUUUACCUGAACCGAGAGCUUUAGAUCCAAAUAGUGAAAAUAAUUUGCUGUUGCAAAACACAACAACUCCAAACUUUAAUUUGAUUUGCAGUUCCCCCUUUCCUUCGAGGUUGGAUCCGGGUAAUUCAAAGAGGAGCUCCCCCAUUGUGUGUGCUUUACCAGAUGACUUUGCUAAAUCUAACGAGGUUUUUAAGCAUGUGUACGGUUCCAGCUCGUUUACAGAGAGUCCCAUUACACACCAAAGCUCAAGUAUUAGAUCAAAAUUAAAUCAGGAGUGUAGUUAUAGAAUUACCCCUGCUAACCAAGGAGAUCAGGAAGCAAAUGCAAGCGAAUCUCAUAAUGGAUGGAAAAGAAGUAAUGCAUCAUCGGUGAUGAGUAUCGAGCUGCUUAUAAACCCUGAAUCUCCUGAGAAGGGAAAGAGAGACGCCGCUUCAAGCAAACCUGGCUUUUAUGGUGUUUCUACAAGUGGUAGUUCAUGGGAAAGCAAUUGUUAUGAACCCCAAACUAGAGCUGUUUUCGAUUGUAAAUAUAAAGGAGAGGAUGUCAAUCCAUAUGAUCAAUUUAUUGUAACUAUAAAACUUCCAAGUAAAUACGUGAACUCACGGCACGUUCCAAAGAAGGACCUUCGAUCCCUCGCAGCUGAAAGGCUUCCCGUUGUUGGUACCACAAAGAAAGGUAUAAUUAAAAAGAAAAAGUACGGCUCAAACAAAAAUGACGGCUCAAUUAUAAAGCACGUCACUAAGACCAAAAAGCGUAAUUCUAAAAUCACAAAGAAGGAGUUUCCUAAGAAACAGAUUCCUAAAUCACAACCCCCUACGAUCAAAACCAAGUCCAUUCGUUCCCGCAAAACCAGGUCAAAUGGAUACGAAUCUGAUGAGGAAUAUCUACCUCAUGAAGAAUCAACAAUCUCUUCCAGAAAACGUGUGCAGUUUGGUUCAGAUCGAAAAGAAAAGAAAAGAAAAAGUGUGGUGAGAUCUAAGACCGGGUGCUGGACAUGCAGAAUCCGUCACAAGGGGUGCAAUGAGGAACAACCAAAAUGUAGUCAUUGCAAACGGUUGAACUUGACCUGUGACUAUUCUCCAAACCGCCCAGUGUAUAUGCAGAAUAAGAAAUUACACGCGGAAAAGUUGCUUGAGAUUAGACGCCUUACUGAUAGAGUAAAAAAGCGUAAACCUCAUUCUUAG